AUGGCUGAUUUGGUUUUAUGUGAACCAACUGAGCUUUACAACAUCUUGAAUCAGGUCACAAAACUAUCCAGGUUAACUGAACCCAACUAUCUCUGCUUAUUGGAUGUUCGUUCCAAACGGGAGUAUGAUGAAAGCCAUGUGAUUACAGCCCUUCGAGUGAAGAAGAGGGGGAAUGAGUAUCUUAUCCCAAAGUCUGUGGAUCUGGAGUGUGUAAAGUACUGUGUAGUGUAUGAUUACAACAGCAGCGCUGUGGAGGUGUCCUUAAGCAAUGACGAUGACAACAAUUCCUCUGACGGUUUGGGCCAGGAGAUGGGGUCUGGUGCCGCCAUCGAGUAUGGCAAGAUCCUGAGCCAGAUCACCCGCCACCCUGUCUAUAUCCUGAAAGGGGGCUAUGAGCGCUUCUCAGCCAUGUAUCACUUCUUCCGAACCCAGAAGAUCAUCUGGAUGCCUCAGGAGCUGGAUGCAUUUCAGCCUUACCCUGUUGAAAUAAUACCAGGCAAGAUCUUCCUGGGCAAUUUCAAAUUGUCCUGUUUUGCAGAUGACCCUGACAAUCUUCUGCAUAUCCAGAUAGAAGAUUCACCAGAAGCCAAGAUUUCCCCCUUCUUUCGUCACCUCUGUCACUUUAUUGAAAUACACAUGGAGCUCGGUUCUGUCAUUCUGAUCUUUUCCACCAGGGGUAUCAGUCGCAGCUGUGCGGCCACUGUGGCCUACCUCAUGCACGAGAACCAUCAGACCAUGAAGAGGUCCUGGGCCUAUGUCAAGAAGUGCAAAAACAACAUGCGUCCCAACAGGGGCUUGGUGACUCAGCUUUUGCAAUGGGAGCAGAUUGUCCUAGGAGACCUAAUCACAGACAUCAUGGAUCCCCUCUACUGAUCUCUACAGCCUGGGGAUGAGUGCUGUGGGUGGAGGGCCAGAGCAUGUAUACUCAGGUUGAUCUAGAAGGAGAAGGCCUUGGGUGCCUGAAGCCUCAUGUCAGCUUCCUGUACUCAUUCUUCCCAGGCUCCCUCUUCACUCCACGUGGAAGGUGUUCCCUGCUCAGGCUCCCUGAGAACCCACAUCUCUACAGCAUUCUGGACCACCCACAUUGCAUUCCUGAGGUUGCCUUGGGGAGAGCAUCUGUUUGCAGGAGCAGCUGCCCCACAUGCCUGGGGAAUGCAUCCUUUGGAGGCUGUCCUGAGGAGCCCCAGAGGUUGCCUGAUUUGGUCCAUAGGAGAUGUUACAAUGCCUACCCAUUGGUGGAGAGCCCUCAGUCCUAGAGAUGCCAGGCCCAAUCUUGGCCGAGGCUCCAGGCUCCACAGAUUCUGGAAGCUCUUGGAAUGAGGGCACAU